AUGUGUUUAAAUUACGAAGCACUGUGGAAGACAAAUACAGUCUUAAGUAACCCUCCCACCCCCUCACUCUGUGAUUCUCCCUCAGCGUUCUGUAAAGUGGGCGUGGGGAUCUGCUACGAUAUCCGCUUUGCAGAGCUGGCUCAGCUGUACAGCAGACAAGGCUGCCAGCUGCUGGUGUAUCCCGGAGCUUUCAACAUGACCACGGGUCCGGCUCACUGGGAGCUGCUGCAGAGAGCCAGGGCGGUGGAUAACCAGCUGUACGUGGCCACAGCGUCUCCUGCUCGAGACGAAUCCUCUUCAUACGUGGCCUGGGGACACAGCACUGUCGUUAACCCAUGGGGAGAAGUGAUCUCAAAGGCUGGAACAGAGGAGGAAGUCAUUUAUGCCGACAUCGACCUGCAGUAUUUAGCCGACGUCAGGCAGCAGAUCCCGAUCACGGCUCAGCGUCGAAACGACCUCUACUCAGUGACCUCUGUGCAGCGAGGAAACAGCUGAUCGCAGAGACGGAGACACAAACUCUGCUGCAAAUCUAACGUCUCACUGUUGAACUAGAGAUGCAGAUCAAAGAGAGGAGCUCUGUUCUUAAGAUGUGAUUAUUCAGUGUGAUGGCUGGGGCUGAAAUUAGUUCAAAUAACAAACAUUUGGAUAGUUUUUGUAAGCAGAAUAUUGUAAAAGUGAACAUUUUCAUUUUAUAGAUUUUUUAAUGUGACAAUCUGCAACGUUUCAUUCAUUUCAUUUCAUUGUAAAUCAAUAAGUUUUGUCCCUUUUUUUCCAGAAGAAACUAUGUAUUGAUUGCCACACUAGAUAUUUCAAAUGUAAAAAGAAAAUAUACUCACACUGUCAAAUAAAUCUAAAAAACAAAAA